GUCAUUCAGUCGCCAGUGCAGGCGCAGGCGCACGUUCGCACGCAUCUGACCCACUCCCGCGCUACGCGGUCGCGGGUACACAAAGCGUUUUUUAAUUUAAAAAUAAAAACAGAAAAAUUGUGGAUUUUCCUUAAAUUGGAUUUUUUUAAAUAUAACAAAUGUGACAUUUUUGUAUAAUUUUUUAAAGUAUAAUGUUUUGUCGCGAAUAUUUAUUUGUUAUUGGACUUAUUUUUCGGGCAACGUCCGUGUCACCGAUCGCUGAAAUAGAUGCGGAUAAUGAGGUGCUACAUUUAAUAGGCGAGCCGGAUUUUCGUGAUGUUCGCCUUCGUUGGGAGUAUGGUCAGGCGGAGGAGGAGGGCCGACCGCGGCUAUUGGCUUUCCAGGUGCACUACUGCGAGCUUCAGGCUUGGGGACAGUAUCGUUGCCGAACCAAAGUGAUUGAUAACCCUGAAGAAGACAAAACAGCAAGAACUCUAAAUGGGGAUGCUUCUACAACGACGGUAAUGCCGCCAGGAACGCGGCGUGGGCACACAUACAGCACGCGCAUCAAGGGCCUGCGUAUGGCGACUACGUACUCGUUCGAAGUGCGGCCCGUGCGGCGGGACGCGCGUGACCUCGCCGACCCCCACUCGAUUGGCUCCAAGAUAAUUAUUGUACCCACUAAAGGAUUUUCAGCCCGAGCCACGCAAUGUCUUCCCCACGCAAGCGAAGUGGAAGUGGCCACGGGUCCUUUCUUUGGUGGACGUAUUGCUGUGGAGGCCGCAGACGGCGGACCCGAACGGUGUUCCCUCCAGGGCAAUCCUAAUAGUGCACAAGACGCGUACAUUCUGCGCAUUCACCACGAAGAGUGUGGCUCCGAAGUAAAUGACACCACAGUCGCCACCUAUGUCAUUGUGCAGGAGAAUUUGCCUAUACUCACGCACAGCACUAGACGUUUUCUUGUUUUAUGCACAUACAAACCGGAGACAUUAACUGUUAGAGCUGGUAUCAACUUGCCUAAAGCAAAUCCUGGGGAUGUUUUACAACAUACGAAACCUAACAUAGGUUCUGUAGAGCCCUAUGAUCAGGAUAUGGACUACAAUGAGUUACAGCCGGCGAGACUUGAAGCCCAAAAGGAAGAAAUUGAACAAAGUUCGUACGGUGUGAUUGGCGAAGUAUCUUUGGUUAUGUUCUUAGUGGUCGCAGCUUUUGGCGGACUUGCUUUCCUGAUUUGGAAGAUGGUGCCUCAAGCAGACCGUGAUAACAUAUCUAUAGGGACAGUGUCAACUCUCUCUCGGAGUAGUAUUUUUGGAAGCCGAAAUAGAGAUCGAUUCACUGAUCAAAGCUCAAUUUACUCAAUUACAUUGUCAGAAAAAGACGAAAGCUUUGUAAAAAAACCAAACGAAGGUGAUAAUACGUCUGAGGCGUAAAUAGUUUUAUCCUUUUCAGGAUUUGAUUGCAGUACUUAAGUGCACUUUAUCGCGUAUUGUAUUAACCAAGAAGCACAUUAGUUUGCAGCUAGUAAUUUGAC